AAGCGGAAUGAUUUGUAUUGACAAGAGAGAAAAUCAGCGGCAGCGAAUGGCGGCCUCUUCUUUGAUCUAAGCACAGGCGCUGGCACACAGAAUCUUAUACGAAGAAAGGGAAAAAUGGUGGCGAUUUCGCUUUACAGAGGGAACCUCCACAGAGUCCCGGACGUACCUCGUCGAUGGCCAAUGCCAGUCCGCAAAAUCUCUCUCAAAGACUUCAAAUCCCUCCUACACCGCCGCUCCAAAGCCCUUUCUCGCCUCCGCUCUUCCACCAACGCCAUCGCCACCACUUCUAAUCAUAACCCUAAAACUGAUCCAAAGGAGAACGUGGAUCCAAUUGCGCUUAACUUGGAGGCCGGCGAAGGGACUAAUCGUGAAGAGGAGGAGGGGACUUCCAAAGGUUCAGCUUCUAAGGAGGUCAAGGAUCAGAAAGGAUUGGAUUUUGGUGAAUGUUCGGUUAAACCGGAGGGCUUGUCGGAUUUGUCGCCUGCUGAGAAAGGCGAUGAUGAGGCAGUUAACGCCGAUGGGAAUUUUCAGCCUGAAAAGCUGGAUUUGUCAGCUAAUCCUAAUACGGAGCCGCGCAAAGCUGAUGUUGUAAAUGAUAAAGAGAAAAGGAAAAAGGAAGUUGAGGAGAAGUUACUGGUUUUGAAUGCGAAGAAGCAUAAUCUGGUACAAGUGCUGAAGCAGAUCUUGAAUGUGGAGGAGGAAUUAAAGAGACGAAAUAGCAUGCAAGGAAUGGGAAUUCGCCCUUCUGUUCCUCUUCAAGGGGAUAUUGCUAAUGAUUCUGGGUCAAUGAGUAGGCAUAAUACUCCUAGGAUGGGCUCAGAAGGAAACCUUGGUGGUGAUAUGGAAGGGGGAGAAACUGAAGAUGUUUCAAAUCCUAGUAAUCAUUCUCGUCACAUACAACGAAUGAGCAGUACAUCUCCAUCUUCAGAGUCUCCUCUAAGAAAGCCUCCCUACAUUCAGCACAAUGUGGUUCCAUACCCCUCUCGUCCAAGUUUAGGGACCAUCAGUAGUCCAUCACGCUUUGCUCCAACAGGACACCAAGUCCCUUCUGCAAAUGUACCAAUGGUAUCUGUAUCAGGAACAAAUUACAUUGCGUCCUCUCCAUCCCCUGCAGCAUCUGGUGGCACAUCGGCAUUUAGAGAUGCUCGGCAGCCAAGUCCAUGGAAUUAGAAGGUGUGCACUAACAUGAUUUUGAUAUUUGGCUCUGUUGUAACAGCUUCAAUCUUCUUGUUAAUCGGCAGGCAUAUCAAGCUUACAUGGUUUUUAUCCUCCUUUGCUCAGUCUUUCAUCCCCAUGCAAAUUGAAUGUUGGCGCCUUUUAAAAUGUUCCAUUUAUGUGAGUCUUUCCAUUGUUUAGCCAGCCCCAGGUUGAAGAUGACGAGAAUCCAAGCAGUGCCAAAAAUUAUAUAUAUUUUUUAAAUCAUUGUAAAUGUAGCACCGUCCAUUCAUUGCUAGUUAUGUGUUGUUCAUUGCAAUUUCUUAAAUUCAAAGCACUGAUCCUAACAGAUUUAAGCUAUAGAAUUGUUGAAAACCGCGAGUUGUAGGGACUGAGUCAAGCAUUGUAAAAUACAUGUUGAGUAGGGUUAUUUUGUUGGAUAUAAUAUCCAAAGCAUUGUGGUCAUGUGGUGCAUUGGAAUUCAAUUAUUGGUGAUUUUCGUGUCACCUUCAGUUCAAAAGGGGGUUAAAUGACACGGGUGAAUGGACAUUACAAGUUUUGAUUUUGUUAAAUAUUGAAUCUAUUUUCCUUCCA